UAGUAUUUUAUUGUACGGGAGCCACGCCCUGGUUUCUUAAAGGCGCCUUGCACUCUGUUUGGCCAUGUGUUAUCUCUGCAGCUGGUGUGUGGGAGGCCUCCUGUGAGCCACCUUUCUUACCCCUGUCCGCCGAGACAUCCUCCCACCCCCGUCAAGGAUUUGGGGAUGCCAGGAGGGAAGAAGGUGGUCGGGGGCGGCAGCAGCGGUGCUGCCGCCGCCACUGCCGCCGCUGUCCCCUCUGGGGCCAGGCGUUUGGAGACCAGCGAAGGAGCCUCAGCCCAGAGAGAUGAUGAGCCAGAAGAAGAAGGGGAAGAGGACCUGCGAGAUGGAGGCAUCCCCUUCUUUAUCAACCGGGGUGGGCUGCCUGUGGACGAGGCCACCUGGGAGAGGAUGUGGAAGCACGUGGCCAAGAUCCACCCCGAUGGAGAGAAGGUGGCUCAGCGGAUCCGUGGGGCCAUGGACCUGCCCAAGAUUCCCAUACCGAGUGUGCCUACGUUCCAGCCCUCUACUCCUGUCCCUGAGCGCCUGGAAGCCGUGCAGCGCUACAUCAGGGAGCUGCAGUACAAUCACACAGGGACGCAGUUCUUUGAAAUUAAGAAGAGCAGACCUCUGACAGGGCUGAUGGACCUGGCCAAGGAAAUGACCAAAGAGGCUCUGCCAAUCAAAUGCCUGGAAGCCGUGAUCCUGGGAAUUUACCUCACCAACAGCAUGCCUACCCUGGAACGCUUCCCCAUCAGCUUCAAGACCUACUUCUCAGGGAACUAUUUCCGCCACAUCGUGCUGGGGGUGAACUUCGGCGGCCGCUACGGGGCGCUGGGCAUGAGCCGGCGCGAGGACCUGAUGUACAAGCCGCCGGCCUUCCGCACGCUCAGCGAGCUCGUGCUGGACUACGAGGCUGCCUACAGCCGCUGCUGGCACGUGUUGAAGAAGGUGAAGCUGGGCCAGUGCGUGUCCCACGACCCGCACAGCGUGGAGCAGAUCGAGUGGAAGCACUCGGUCCUGGACGUGGAGAGGCUGGGCCGCGAAGACUUCCGCAAGGAGCUGGAGCGACACGCCCGCGACAUGCGGCUCAAGAUCGGCAAAGGGACCGGCCCUCCGUCCCCUACCAAGGACCGCAAGAAGGAUGUGUCCUCCCCACAGCGGGGCCAGUCGAGCCCCCACCGCAGGAACAGCCGCAGUGAAAGGCGGCCUUCUGGUGAGAAGAAGCCUUCGGAGCCCAAAGCCAUGCCAGACCUCAAUGGGUACCAGAUCCGGGUGUGAGGCAGGCGGCAGUGCCCCAGCCGCACCCACUUCUGGGGGCCAGCAUCUGCCUGCCAGAACCGGCCUCGCUCCUGGGGAAGUUGGGGCUGAUGAUAGGGCAGGGUGAGGGACAGCAGGAAGAGCGUGUCCCAGCUCAGCCACCCAAGAUGCUGCCCCUCCCGCUGGGCCAAGCCCCCUAACUUUGGACCACGAGGCAGUGAAGAGUUUAAUUUUGAGUUUUUGACUCAACAACUGAAAUUUAAGGUAUUUGGGAAAAAACUUAAAACUAAUGGAUCUGCCAGUGGCUGGAAGGCCAGUGCUUAGAGGAUCUAAGCGCCACAGGGCUGGGUGCGGAGGGGUUGCUGGCUCUGCCGGUACCCCUGCCCCAAGGCCUCUCUGGGAUCUGGGUCCAUUCCAUCUAUGGGAAACCUCCCGGCUCUGCUAGGCCUGUGGCAGGAUAGGGGGAGGGAUGUUUCUCCAGUCCUGUGUGCCCUGGCAGAAUCUUCACCCAGGGAAAGGAAAGCAGGGUAGGAAGCACCCUGAGAAAGGGCUGUAUGGCCCAUAUCAGGAGCUUGGCACAGGCCACAUCUGCCCCCAAGAGCCAGAGCCUGUGGCUCAGGAGGCUCCUCGGGCCCUUGCAGCCCCACGGACAGUGCUGUGAGGGCUGACAUUGCCUCGUGGCAGGGCCUGUGCUGGGAUGGGCUGGACGAGAGCCCAGGAGAGAACCACUGGGGGAAGGGUUCCUGGACCCCUACCUGGCCUCCUUGCUCAGCCCAGCUCUGCCUGUUGCUGAAGCCGGGGCCUCCCUACAGAGGGGCUGGGCUCUGCCAAGGGCCCAGAGAUGCACUGGGCUCAGCGAGACUGUGGGAUCUGAAUAGACCUGGUGGGUCCAGGAACCAUGGCUGGGGAUGGGGUGGGACACUCAGGCCCAGGUCUGUCCCCCUGGUAGGUGGCCCCCAGGGACUGCUCCCCCUUCCUAUUACCUUAGCCCUUGCUGGGGAAAUGAAGACCAGAUCAGGCUGCCUGUGUCCCAGCCCUACCUCCCCUCAUUCAGCAGCCUGGGUAGGUGUGGAGGGCCCCGUGAUGAUCAGGCCUGUUGCGUGAGGCAGCUCAUCAGGGAAGAAGCUGAGCUGCUGGAGUCUGCACAGCCUGCCUGGCAGGUGUGAGAUGCCUGGCGGGCAAGUGAGAGGUUGUGGAGAGAGGUUGGAGGGCCUGCGGGAAGGUUCUGGAGGCCCAAGUUACAAAGAUGUGUAGGUCAAGGGGGCAGUGCGGCCACUAGGGAGAGGCAGGGCCCAAGAACUGGGGAAUGUAAGUGAGAAAAGAAUGUGGGGGAGAGUUUAGAAUCAGGCGGCCUUGGGGAGUAGUGAGUUCCCUGUUGCUGGAGGUAUUCAAGCAAAGACUAGAUGGCUGCUUGUCAUCUUGAAAGCUAUAGAAAGGAUUUAGGUUAUGGAAGGAUAACUGGAUGAGAUGAUCAUUAAGGUUUCUUAAUACUGAGAGGCUAUGAUUCAGCCGGGGGCAGCUGGCAGUAAGGCUGCAGCAGGGCUGGGGCCUGGAAGAGGAAGGACCAGAGCCAGAGUUGUAAACUCGAAUGCCUACGGGGCCAGGCAGAUGACUGAAAGGAGGGCUGCAGGGCUGGGUGGGGAUUGCAGCAAAUUAAAGAAGACAUACCCCAUUAAAGCAGCCGCUGUUGCUCAGCCAUUCUGAGUACAGGCCCUGCAGUAUCAGAUUGCCUGAUUUUUUGUUGUUGUUGAGAGGCCAGAACUCUGAAUUUUUAUGUGAAAUAUGCUGAUUUUUAAAUGUUGGCAGUCAGUUCAGAAAAUUGUAAAUCCCAACGUGAAAAAGAAUGCUGAUUUGUAAUCUCUGAAGUAGAGAGGGCUUGGGCUGGGGAGAGGUCCACCGAGGUACCUUGAGGUGGAAAGCAUGAAAAGUUGUAGGCCUCCCAGAGCAGGCCGGGCCAAGACAGCGUCCUCGCUAGCUACCAAGGCUGCUCGGAGUGGGCAGCUACCCCACAUUCAUAUUCGCUCUCCCCGCAGACCAGAGACACACCAGGAACUCCCUGCGGUUGCUGAGACACCAGAGGGGGUGGAGUGGAAUAGAAAUAGUGCAGUUCUCAGCCUGCCAGGGAGAUGGAUGGUGCCUGAGAAGCAAAGAAAGGGAGAGAGGGAGACAGGAUGCGUUUGCUGACAUGGGUGCCCGCCAGGGAAGGCACCAGGCUGGCAGCUCUUCACACCAGCAGCUCUUGGCCCAGAGCCAGGCCCAACAGGGAAGCCGGCUGCUCAGUCCCCUGGGUUUCUCAUGGGUCACUGGGCCCUGGGCAGGUGCCUAACCUGUCCCCCAGGCUACACCCCAGUCAGACCAAUCCGAGGGCCACUGUGAGCUCUUAACUCACCAUCCCAUCCCAUCCCAGUUUUCAGGGAGAGGGGCGGCGGGUCCCCACGUUCACACAUUCGCCUGAGGCAGAGAUGGAUCCGUCUGGGAGGCGUGAGGCUGAAAGUGAGGCCUUUUGUGGGUCUGGGUGCCUCGUGCAGGCCGCUCAUGGGCAGACUCCCCAGAUGCCCCUGUGGAGCACAGGGCUUGAGGGUGAGACGUGAGGGAGCCGCUCCUGGUAUGGGAGCCCAGCAGGGUGCUCUGACCCUCUGGCUUCUUGCCGAGCCCUUUGGGGAGAAGGAAGCAGGAUGAAGCCCCAACCCCUCCCUCCUCCAGGGAGGGAGUCGAGCAUCCACAGCUGAUAACCCCCUAGCACUCCCACUUCCUCGCUCAGACCUCGGGCCUGUGUUCACCCACAGGAUACAGCGGUGCUUUUUAAUUUAACUGUUUCACAGAUGUAGCAACCCCUCCUCCCCUCCUGGGCGUGUUUACACAGGCUCUGCUCCCCCCCGGGCUGGCCUGGCUGCAGAGUUUCUGGGGAGGCAGAGGCAGGGACUUUAGGGCCUUAGUCACCAUCCUCAGUAUCACUUCAUCUCAAUUCCUGUGAGGGACCGGGCCUCGCUCCUCCCCACUCAGGACCGCCUUCCAGCUCUCAGCCUGCGUUCCUCAGGGGUAGGGGCUGCUGGCUGGGGAGGGGUCAAGGGGAGGGCAGAGAAAGCUGCUUGAUGAAGGGGGUUGGCAAGCGGGGGCAGUGAUUGCUCCCCAAGGACUGGUUGCCUGUGCUCUGUGCUGGGUGCCGGGUCGGAACACUGGGAAACUGGGUUUCAAGCCUUCCCACCCACCUACCUGCCAGUCCUCUCCCUCCCACGGCCUCAGUACAGUCGUGGUCCCCUCGCCCAUCUCGCCAGCCACCCCAUCCUUCCUGGGCGUGGCCAAGCAAGGAGAGCG